AUGGCCAUUCAGCGGGCACCAUGCGUGCAAUCUGACGGUCCGGUAGCCGGUAUUCCCAUUGCGACCAUGGGGCUGCUGCCCUCCAACCUCUUCCGGCCUCGGGAGACAAAGGAGCCGAAACUCCCACUCUACCAGGAGAUAUCCUCCUCCUCCUCCUCGUCCAGAACACGCGCACCCCGUACGCCGCGCUCGCCAACCAAGGAGCGCUAUUCAGAUGCCGACGACUCCUCGGACGAGUCCGAUGAUGGCGACACCACCGAUUCCUCCAUCUCCAGCUCGGGCAGUUCGAGACGAACCUCAUCAUCUGCCGCCUCUGCAGCUCCACUCAUAGUGCCCAAAAAGCGGCCCGUGGUUGCCGCCCGCCGAGGUCCUGUUAGAAGAUAUUUGUAUCGUCUGCCAAACAAGAUCAUCCGCUAUCUGUGUAUUGCCAUGAUCUCAACCAUCGUUAUAUUCAUUUUUGUCCUUGUCCGAGCAAGUCAGGUCGAAAACAGGAGGAUAGCAGAGGGCAAAAUAGAAAAGAAACCCGCCGAUCCGCCGCCCUGGGAGCAGUUCGACUUCCUCACCAGGUAUUACGGUGGUAUCAGAUCAGUCAUUCCACUGGCCAACAAUACGCCCCAGUAUCCGCGCCUCGAGGGGGAAAGACCUUACAGCGCCACCCGCCAGCAGCAGCAACAACAACAACAAGAACAGGAGCUUGAGCAUUCGUCCACAGACACGGCGGCUGUGCCGCCAAGCAAACCGUUCACCGAGCAUCCCACCGCGGCCAUUCCGAAACCCGAGGACGGAAUCCACGGAUGUUUGUUGGACGAUGCAAACCCGCUACUAAAGGUGCCAUCAAUCCGCUACCUCGAAGGACGCCCAGAGGGCUUCCCAGACCAUAUCCUCGGCUCCUACGAGCUGCUCUCCCUGCCCGAAGACAUCUGCUUUGACCGCUUCGGGAGGUACGGGCCCUAUGGUUAUGGCUACUCUGUCCGCAUGGGCGGCCUCGGGCUUGGCGAGCAUGGCGACCAGGAGGGCGCCGAAGCUGUUUGGGGUUCGAACAAGCAGGUUGACUGGCGCAGGGUAGAUUGGGCGGAUGCCCAACGGCGAUGCUACAGUGUCAAUUCUGCACGGUUCCAACCACUGGCGGUGCGCGAGACCCCUCCCCACGGCUUCUACAUCGGCGAGGGUCUCGAAAGCUCCCAGCUGGCGACACGCGAGUCCACCGAUGAGACCCGCCCCAAUGGGCAGAAGCUGCAGGGCGACAUUCCGAGAACCGCGGUUGUCCUCCGGUGCUGGGACGAGUUUGUGUGGAGAGAAGAGGACAUCGUCAAUUUGAGAGCCCUCAUCACAGAGCUAUCGCUCGCUUCUGGAGGGCGCUACGACGUCCAUCUCCUGGUGCAGGUGUGGGACGACGCGAAGAACCCCAUCUGGGCCGACGACGACGCAUACCGCAGGCGCAUCAACGAGACAAUUCCCGAAGAGUUCCGUGGGAUCGCCACUCUGUGGUCUGUAACCCAAAUGCUCGCCGUCUACCAGGGACUUCAUGAUCUUUACACAAGGGGUCCAAAUCUGCCCGUUCACGGCUCCUACCGGGGGCUGCAGAUGGCCAUGCAGCACUUUGCCUACAACCACCCCGAGUACGAAUACUUCUGGCAGUGGGAGAUGGACAUUCGCUACACCGGCCACUACCAUGACCUUUUCUCCAAGCUAGAGUCGUGGGCCAAAGCCCAGCCGCGCAAGGGCCUGUGGGAACGCAACGCGCGCUUCUACAUGCCCCACGUCCACGGCACCUGGGAGGACUUCAAGCAGAUGGCCCGCGUGCAGACCGAGCACGGCACUGUCGGCCCCGACAACUUGUGGAACACAGUCCCGGGCUCCAAAAUUAGCGAUCCCAACAAGCUCUCGUCCUCACCAGGAUCCCAAACAUCCCGCGGCGAGCAAUCCGUCUGGGGCCCGCAACGGCCGCUCUCGGAGAACGAUUGGUUCGAGUAUGAGACGGACCCUGUCCCACCUACUACGUACGAGCGCGACAAGUACACCUGGGGCGUGGGCGAGGAAGCCGACCUUCUCACGCUGUCCCCCAUUUUCGACCCGGACGGCACCGGCUGGAAGCUGGCCGACGACAUCACGGGGUACAACGAGACGGGCGGCAUCGGCAAGCCGCCGCGGCGCGCGCAGAUCAUCACGGCUUCGCGCAUGUCGCGCCGCCUGCUGCUCGCCAUGCACCGCGAGACGGCUUUCAAGAAGCACCACGCCUUCCCCGAAAUGUGGCCCGCCACCGUUGCGUUGCACCACGGCCUCAAGGCCGUCUACGCGCCCCACCCAGUCUACGUCGACCGUGCCUGGCCGCCCGAGUACAUGGCCCGUGUGCUCAAUGGCGGCCGGAACGGGGCUUCGGGCGGCGGGCGGACGUCGGUGUUUGGCGAUCGCGAGCACAACAUGCGUGGGCUGACGUGGUACUAUAAUGCCGGCUUCUCGGGGAACCUGUACCGGCGGUGGAUGGGGCUGAGGGUGAAUAACGAUGGCGGGGAGGAGUUUGAGACGACGGUCGACCUGAGCGGGGAUGACCUGACCCCGGGCACGAUGCGCGGCGGCGAGGGCAGGAUGUGUCUGCCGCCGAUGUUGCUGCAUCCUGUCAAGGGGGUGGAGUUGCCUGUUGAGACGGGGGAGGGACAGGCGAUGCCUGUGUUCGAAUCGGAUCCGGCUGCGUAGUUUAAGGU